GUAUUUGGGCGACGGGCGCUUCCACCUGGAGUCCAUCAUGAUCGCCAACCCGGGGAUACCUGCCUACAGGUAUGAUCCCUACAGCAAGGUCUUCUCCCAGGAGCACUACGGCCACGAGUCCAUGCGCCGCGCUCGGCAGGACGCCAUCCGCACCGCUGCCGGUGCCCGCUGCUGGGGCCUCAUCUUGGGCACGUUGGGGCGGCAGGGCUCCCCCGGCAUCCUGCAGCACCUGGAGUCGCGUCUCCGUUCCCUGGGUCGGCCCUUCGUGCGGGUGCUGCUGUCCGAGAUCUUCCCCAGCAAGCUGCGGCUCUUCCCUGAUGUGGACGCGUGAGUGCUGCUGACUCCCCCCUCCAGCUUCCCCCAUCAGGGGCACACCAUGAGCACUGCUGGCUCCCCAGCUUGGGGACACAGCUCUUUGUCCCCUCUGCAGGCUGCGGUGGCUCUCCGAGACGUCGAGUGGCAGCAGCCUUACCCCAUGGACUUCUACGCCAGCCAGUCGCUGGGGCCGUGGACGGUGAACCACGCCAGCACGCCGCGCCCCGGCCGGCCAGCCCAG